GCUCCGGUGAGUGGUCUCUGCCGAGCCGCAGGUCCCGUUUGGGCGGCAGCGUAGGAGGGCUUCUAAACCGGGCCAUCGGAUGCCGCGCCGCCCGCCUGUCCCUGCCCUCGGUACACACGCUUUACAACCCCAGGACCUGCUCCGAGUCUGUCACGUCCUGAUCAUAGAACGCCAUUUCUCCCCUGGCAAGCCUGGUUUCCUCCGCAUUCUUGUUCGUUACCCCACCUUAGGGCCCAACUUCCACCUUAAGUUUCAGAACCUACUCCAUUCUAUCCUCCCUUGUCGAGGGACCUCACAACUACCCCCUCCCUCCUCAGUGCUCAGUCAACUUGGUGUGCCUACUCAGGUCUGGGUCCCUGGAACACUUCGGAGCCACACCCUUCAGUCAGAAACAGGCCUGCCCCUCCGCGGAAGCAGACCGUAGAGUGGGUGUGCCCGAGUCAAAGAAGUCUGAAGGCUGACUCAGACCUGCUGGUGGAGUCCUACCACCAUGGACCUGUUGUUUGGGCGCCGGAAGACUCCAGAGGAACUACUUCGGCAAAACCAGAGGGCCCUGAACCGAGCCAUGAGAGAGCUGGACAGGGAACGACAGAAACUAGAGACCCAGGAAAAGAAAAUCAUUGCAGACAUCAAAAAGAUGGCAAAGCAAGGCCAGAUGGAUGCUGUUCGAAUCAUGGCAAAAGACCUGGUGCGAACCAGGCGAUAUGUGCGCAAGUUUGUGUUGAUGCGGGCCAACAUCCAGGCUGUAUCCCUCAAGAUACAGACUCUAAAAUCCAACAACUCAAUGGCACAAGCCAUGAAGGGUGUUACUAAGGCCAUGGGCACCAUGAACAGACAGCUGAAAUUACCCCAGAUCCAGAAGAUCAUGAUGGAGUUUGAACGGCAGGCAGAGAUCAUGGACAUGAAAGAAGAAAUGAUGAAUGAUGCCAUUGAUGAUGCCAUGGGUGAUGAGGAAGACGAAGAGGAAAGUGAUGCUGUUGUGUCCCAGGUCCUGGAUGAGCUGGGACUGAGCCUCACAGAUGAACUGUCAAACCUCCCCUCUACUGGAGGCUCACUCAGUGUGGCUGCUGGUGGAAAGAAAGCAGAGGCCACAGCCUCAGCCCUGGCUGAUGCUGAUGCAGACCUGGAAGAGAGGCUCAAGAACCUUCGCAGAGACUGAACACCCCACCUGGACUCAAUGCCUAGGGUCUUCAUCCUGUCCCCCCGUAAUAAAGAAAUUUGGACACUAACUUAA